AUGAAAGAUUUAAUGAAGCAAAUAAAAAUAAAAUUUGAAGAGAACUCUUUCCAGAACAUCGUUUGGUGGAUCAAUUUGUUUCCACGAGUUUUUGGUUUUUCUUACUUUACUGGCAAAGUUGUAGGACCGUUUUGGAUUUUCCUCUUGUCAUGCACGUUUUACCUCGAUUUUGUUGGGUUUGUCAGUUUCCACAUGUUCCACGCUGACGGAAUAAUCGAUAUGUUAAACAGUUGUUUUAGUAUUUCAUUACUUGUAAUUAUCUAUAACACCGGGCGAUGGAUGAUAUUUGAAAGAAACGGUCUCCGUAAAGUUCUUGAGCUAGCAAAAAAGAAUAACAAUAUGGCUAUGCAGUUUGAGAGUACUAUUCCGAAACAUACAUCUUUGAUCAAAUCUAUGAAAAAUCUAGUGAUCGUUUGCUAUUUCUUUCAUUUCAUAAACGACUUCAUAGUGUUCACUCCGCAAAGGCUCUCAAAAAUUGGGGACUUUUCUGUGACAUCUUGUGUCGGCAUGGAACCAUUAAAGAAUAGUCCAAAUAGAGAAAUAUGUACUACAUUUUUCAUUCUACAAGCAAUUUUCGGAAUCGGUGUUACAGCCAGUUACGAUGCAACAUUUCUAUUCAUCUUCGCUCAUACGGCGGCCAUGUUUGAAAUACUUCAAGAAGAAACGAUGUCUUUGAAUGAUCAAGAAAUUACAACAGUUGCUGGGAUGAUAAAAAACUUAGUUCACCGUCACUCUUUAAUCCUCCACACAGUUAAAGAGAUUCAAAAUAUUUAUAGCGUCACGAUUGGAGUGAGUUUUGGUCUAGAGGCAAUUUCUAUGUGUAUAUUUUUUGUACUACCAUUAAAUUUAGCAUUUAAUUUUACACCAAUAAUUCUACACGGUUUUUUUGUUUUCUUUUUAUAUUGUUAUCAAGGACAGAAGAUAACUACGGCAGCUGAACGAUUCCAAACGGCGGUAUACUUUUGUGGAUGGGAGAAUUUUAAGAUAAAAGAACAGAAAAUGGUAUUGAUUAUGUUGAGGCAAUCACAAAUGCCUGUGGUAUUGAAGGCGGGAUCUUUGGUACCAGUUUGCAUCUAUACCUUUGCUAGCACUUUGCAGUCUAUAUAUAAAUUCGUGACUGCAUUCAAAACAUAA